AAAAUCAUCUUUCUCUUUCGUACUUUAUAAGCGAUCCGGCGACAUUUGCGAACUCGACAAACGAACUGUCUUUCUUUCUUUUGAGGCAGCACGUGUAGACGCAGACAAGUCAUUUUAAUAAUUCAAUAAAACUAUUUAGUUUAGAAACUAUGCCGUCGGACGCAAAGAAAAGAGCACAACAGAAGAAGAAGGAGCAGGCUAGUAAUAGAAAUAAGAAGCCUGUGGCGAGAGUUACUAACGAGGAGAAUGGAGACACUGCAACCAACGGUUCCGCCAAAGAAGACCGGGAGCUAACCGCUGAAGAGGCGCUAUGCCUUAAGCUGGAAGAGGAGGCGAAGAUGAACUCGGAAGCAAGAUCGUGCACCGGCUCCCUGGCCGUCCAUCCCCGUUCCCGAGACAUCAAGAUAGCCAACUUCUCCAUCACCUUCUAUGGGAGCGAGCUACUCCAAGACACUCUACUGGAGUUGAAUUGCGGGAGAAGAUACGGCCUAGUCGGUCUCAAUGGCUGUGGCAAGUCUUCGCUACUGUCUGCCCUGGGUCGGCGCGAGGUACCCAUACCCGACCACAUCGACAUCUUCCACUUGACCAGGGAGAUGCCCGCCUCCGACAAGACCGCCCUGCAGUGUGUCAUGGAGGUGGACGAGGAGAGGAUCAAACUGGAGAAGCUGGCUGAGGAACUGGCGCACUGUGAAGACGAUGACGCACAGGAACAACUGAUGGACGUGUACGAGAGGCUGGACGACUUGAGCGCGGACACGGCGGAGGCCCGGGCGGCCAACAUCCUGCACGGGUUGGGGUUCACAAAGGAAAUGCAACAGAAGGCCACCAAAGAUUUCUCUGGAGGUUGGCGCAUGCGUAUCGCGUUGGCGCGCGCUCUAUACGUGAAACCCCAUUUAUUGCUGUUGGAUGAGCCGACCAAUCAUCUUGAUUUGGAUGCGUGCGUGUGGCUGGAAGAGGAACUCAAACACUACAAAAGAAUCUUGGUGCUAAUAUCACACUCUCAGGAUUUCCUCAAUGGUGUGUGUACUAACAUCGUUCACAUGAGCAAGCGGAGACUCAAAUACUACACGGGCAACUAUGAAGCUUUCGUGAGAACUCGGUGCGAACUGCUGGAAAACCAGAUGAAGCAGUACAAUUGGGAACAGGAUCAAAUAGCUCACAUGAAGAACUACAUUGCACGAUUCGGUCACGGCUCAGCUAAGUUGGCUCGUCAGGCGCAGUCCAAAGAGAAGACGCUCGCCAAAAUGAUCGCCCAGGGGCUCACGGAGAAGGUCAUAGAUGACAAGACCCUCAAUUUCUACUUCCCCUCGUGCGGCAAGGUGCCGCCUCCAGUUAUUAUGGUUCAGAAUGUCUCGUUCAGGUAUUCAGACAAUGGUCCCUGGAUCUACAAGAACCUAGAGUUCGGUAUAGACCUAGACACUAGGUUAGCCUUAGUCGGCCCCAACGGUGCGGGGAAAUCUACACUGCUCAAGUUGUUGUAUGGAGACUUGGUCCCAUCAACCGGUAUGAUCCGCAAGAACUCUCACCUGCGCAUCGGGCGGUACCACCAACAUUUGCACGAGUUGCUGGACCUGGAUCUCUCGCCGCUGGAGUACAUGAUGAAGGAGUUCCCGGAGGUGCGCGAGAGGGAGGAGAUGAGGAAGAUCAUAGGCAGAUACGGGCUUACUGGACGGCAGCAGGUGUGCCCAAUGCGUCAGCUGUCCGAUGGGCAGCGUUGCCGCGUGGUGUUCGCGUGGCUCGCGUGGCAGACCCCGCACCUGCUGCUGCUGGACGAGCCCACCAACCACCUGGACAUGGAGACCAUUGACGCGCUGGGCGACGCGAUCAACGAGUUCGACGGUGGCAUGGUGCUUGUUAGCCACGACUUCAGACUCAUUAACCAGGUCGCUGAAGAGAUUUGGAUCUGCGAAAACGGCACGGUCACAAAAUGGGAGGGUGGCAUCCUCAAAUACAAGGACCAUCUGAAAUCCAAGAUCCUGAAGGAGAACGCUGACAACGCGGCCAAGAUGAGGAAAUAGUGACUUGUUCUGCUUCCUAGGCCUUUCUGGGUCAAGCUUAGGCGUGAAUCGAUAGGGCUUACUUGGACUUUUGACAUCGGAAUUAUUUGAAUAAAGCGUAGACAUCGGAAAAAUUUAAGAUAAUAGAAAUGUCAUUUUACUUUGAAAAUAUAGCAAUGAUGUAUCAUCGUCUUGCUUCGCAUACAGUGUUCUACGCUGUUGUAAAGCUAUCAAAUAAAUCUCAGAAUUGAGAUAGUAUGUAAACCUUAUAUUCGUGGCACCAAUUGAGACGUCAUAUUCACCAGUAGUGGGAAUUUUGAAAAGUAACCCUAUGUUUGACCUCGGAUAAUUAAUUAACUUCAAGCAAAAUUUCGGUCCAGCUUUUUAGCCCUGAAAGCGUAAUAAACUGAUAGACAAUACUUUCGCAUUUAUAAUAUUAGUAUGGAAGUAUAGAUUCUUCGUGUAAAAUUAGUAAUAAUUCAUUCUAAGCCUUAGUCUAAAUAUGCUCUAUCGAUUCGGCUUUGUGACGCAUUCAUAGAUAUCUGAAUAAUAUAUGACGAUUGAUACACCAUAGGCAAUUGUACAGGAAAUUAUAGGGAUGAUGUGUCUUGCGUAUCGCAUGAAGUUAUAAAGCUGUUAAUUAAAUAUCAGAAUUGUCAUGCAAUAUGCAGUACUUACCACUUCUAUAGUAUUAUAUUAUUCAAAAUUCUAUGCUGUCUUCUAUCUCUUUCUAAACGGUAUGUGUAUUGUCGUGCCCCUGUAAUCAUCAAUUCGCUAAGUAAAAUAUUUGUAUCAUAGCUCAAUUGACAAUCAUUUGAUGUUGGUGUUUAUAAUAAAAAAUAUUCGUUAUUUAUAUAAAAGUAUGUUUUUAAUUUUGACCUUUGUUAUUUAUUACGCCCUUAUGUCUAAUAUUGUGUAAUUUUCACUAUUUAUGACCAUUUUUAAACCCUAGGUAAUAUCUGGAAGUAACAUGUAUGUACUUGUAUGGUAGUACACAUUACUCUUCAUUUAAUUUCACAUAGUAUAUUGUGUGUGUAUGACAAUUGAUAAUGUGACUAAAGAAAUAUAAUUUGCUUCUUAGAUUCAGCGCUCAAACGAAACUAAAUGUUGUUCCUCGGAUUAUGGCAAUACGAUUGUUUUAUUAUAAAAAUCUAGUGCGUUUAGCGACAUAAUAAUCACUUUUUGUUAUGUAUAUUCUAAUAAAAAUGUAAUUAAAUAAAACAAUAAAAUUAUUACUUAGCGAAUUGCUCCGACCACAUUGAUGGGGAUGUGAUGGGAAUCUAAUUUACAAAUGCGUUCUUUCAUUGAAAGGUUUGGCUUUAUAACAUAAAUUAUGGCGUAGACAUGUAAUUUAAAAGCCUGUAUACUAUAGACAAUGCCCCAUGAACUAUCCCAUAAACAAUAGCCCGAAGACAAGAAAACAGUGCCUCGCCUGUAAAUUUGAGUUAAAAUAAUCUUAUACUUCCCUAUGGAAAUGUGCAAGUCACCGUUGAAAAUGUUCUAAAUAACUGGUUAAUUCUUUUAAAAUCCAUCUUUACAUAUUGAGUGCAAUUCUUAAAUGUACGUUAAACAUCGCUUUAGGCAUUGCAUUAGUUGUCCACGUAAGGCAUAGUGUGAAAUUUAGAGGCGAUGUACAUAGCGUAAAAUAGUAAAAAAAAAACUGUCAAAUUAAUCCAGGGUUUCUCAAAAAAGGCACCAAACGCGAUGAUAAUUUGAUAGCGUCGUCGUUUGGCACAAUCAACCGUAUUUCAAGUUACGGAACUCUAUGAGUUGGUAAUAAAGGCGAAUUUGCAGAAAAUUUGGAUACUUUUUUGUUGGCUGUACAUACUCGUAUGUUUGAUGUAACCGUAAUACCUUACUAAUUGUACCAUAUGGGCUCAUUAUAUUUUGUAUUGCUUUAUUAGUACCAAUAUUUGGCUUAAAUGAUUAAUAGUGUCUGGGACAAUGUCUUGAGAAAUCCUGUAUUAAAACAUUGUUAGUCAAUGGUUUCAUAGCAUGAUUGCAAUAUUUUACAAUGUAGCUUAUAUAACUAUUUCAUAAUAAUAAUUUUUGUAUUUACCAGUCACUUUUUGUGAAGAAAUUGAACAUUUGUGUGCAAUCUUGAUUUAUCAACAAUUCACGUUGUAAGAUAAACAAUAAUUGUCUGUUUUCAUAAAGAGCAAUAAUAAUGUUCACUGAAUAGCUUAGCUUAUACACCGCAAUUAGAAAGCUUUAUAUUUACACGAAUAAUGGAUAACGCUUUCAUAACUCCCGACCAAUCAGAAGGAAGACGUGGAAUGUCUUCGCGGGGAUUGGUUGAAAAUUUGCGGUAGAAUAUAAUAAUAACUAGGGAUAUAUUGUAGGUGGAAAUAGAAAUUAAUAGGCUAUUGGAUUGUUGGAUUGUUUUAAUUGUUUGGUUUGAAAUAUCUCGUGGUAUAUUUCCUUUAGAUAGCAGUAUUCGCUCUCUCGACAUUAACGAAUAAUAUUGUUACGGAAUAGUUGUAAUAUUAACAUAAAGAUGCGUACUUUCAAUAUUUUCUUUAAAUAGGUAGCGUAAAUAAUAGCUCGUAUUUUUAUCGUGAAAAUGAAAGGGAACCGGUACAAAAAUUUGGAUAUAAAAUGCAUAGAAUGGAGUCGUUCCGUUUUGCCUCAAAUGUUCGUGAACAAAAUUUGAAAGUUUUGAAUCUAAUAAGUCGGAUAAUAAGCCAUCGAGUAAAAAAUAUUGAUAUGAUACUGCCAGAAUGUGAUAUACAUUGAUUGCGCUUCCCUCAGUGCCGCCUCAGAAAGUCUACGCAUUACCGCUUACACUCGUAUAGGUACAUUUAAAUAUGGUACUUAAAUUGUGUUCUGUAAAGAUUAAAUCCUCUUAAUUUAUUCCUUAGAUCGGUGAAGUUAUUAGAGAAAAGUCGAUUUUUUCCUAAACCGAACCACUAAAUAGAAAUUAGAAAUCGUUGAUCAGUUUUUAAUCGGUCGUUUGACAAGAGUAAAGCAGUAUAAUUGAUAUAGUAUUUUUCUUGACAUUUUAAAUUAGACAUAUAUACCUACCGUAGUAUAAUUAAAUAUGUCUAAAACGCUUUUAAGGUUCUAUACGCUGUGCAGAAGUAUUCAGUCUGAAUCUUAAAGACUCAUUUAAAUGUAUUGUUUGAGUGAGAGUGGUUUGAAAAUGUGACAUGUAGGGCUGUCCACGCAUGUUGAUAGACAUGUUAUGUCUUGUCAACGAGCGUGGGUAACCCGCCAGUAGUGAGAAAUAUACACCAAUAAUUGUUCUAAGUAGUGAAAUAUAAAGAUCUAGAUCGGUUUGUGAUCGACAAGUAUAAAAUUGUGAUUAUUUGGGCUGUCGAUAUAACGAAUAUAUAUAAUCGUGAUUUCAAAAUGUUGUCUCAAUGUUUUCUCUUAAAAAUUGACUCGUUUUGGGGGCCGUAAUAUAUAUGUGUGUUUAGGUAUUACAAUAAAUAGCCCGUCCCAACUUCGCACGCAGCAUGUCCAAUCACGGUACUAAACGACGAUAUAAUGAAUAAACUGUCAUAAUAUGUUUUUCUACCUUGUUUUUAAAGUUCGAAAUUAGACGUCCUAACUUGACUGGAAGCUUAUUCUCGUGUAUUGUAAGGCGGCUCAUUCUUUCUCUGGUAAAGAAAGAAAGAUAGCGAAUAUAAGUCAUGCCUUAUCAACGUUCCUGAGUAGCCUCACGGGAUGUUGCAUAAAAGUUAAAAAAAAAAACGUAGGUCGGAAACAAUAACAGAUAAUUCAAAUGUAUUUAAUGCAAUCCAUCCACUUUGACAUAAUUUGUUUUAUUAUAUACAGUCACAAAGGGGAUGGCAGUAUUCCUCUCCCCCGCGAAGUAUUGUAUAGUGUGUACCACAUUAGUAUAUCAUGUAUGUAGCGAUAGCGGAUGCCUUAAACAUAGUUCCCAAUGCGUAUUAUUUUUAUUAGCAAAUGACGUGCUGUCCCAGUAAAUGUUAUAUUUUUUAUACAACCGGUUCACAAUUUGCACUGUAUUGUUGUAAAAUGGCCACAUGGUAAUAGAGCUAGUAAUAAAAUAAUAAUUCUGUUUGAAUAUAUUGUUACAAAUAGCAACGAAACAUUUACUUAUUCUUCAAUUGGUCUUUUAUUAAGAACUCAUGCACGUAAUGCUUAAGCGGAGUUCUAAGUAUAUUGGCUUACUAAAAUACAGGUAUCGGUUUUGUUAAUGGCAUGAAGUAGCAAUUGAACCGGUGAAGUAGGACAAUAGUAUUUACAUUCAAGUUAAUUGUUAUUAUAUACAACUGUACGAAAAUGAAAUAUGUAUGUUUUAUUAUGUGUUGCAUGUACCUAUAUAUGAAUAUUGCCGUUACACAAAUUCUAGUAGUGUUACCGUUAGAUUUACCACAUCCGAAGGUUGCUGGUAUAGUCUCCAAGUGCCGGGAACCACCAUUGGUCCAUAUUCACACAUUUCACAAUUUUGAUCGUUGUCUUGUAAAUAUUAAUAAAAGAUCAAAAUUU